UUCAUUUUUUUUUGGUAAGGAUUGAGACACUAUACAUGAACUUCACUUUUUGAUGUAUUAAAUUCUCUAUCUUUUUCUUAACUGAUCUUAAACAACAAAGGCGUUAAUAUCUACAAAUUCAUCAUCACAAUCCUUCAAUCCAUUCUCUAAUGGCGAGGGAAGAAGUGUUCGAGUUCCUCGGUUGCGUUCCUCUGCUUCAGAGGCUUCCUCGAUCAUCUCUACGGAACAUUUCUCAACUUGUUAUUGUCAAAAACUAUGAGCCCGGAGAGUAUGUUGUUCGCGAGGGAGAGCCUGGAGAAGGUCUUUAUUUCAUUUGGGAAGGAGAGGCUGAGGUUAUUGGAUCUGGUCUUGCUGAUGAUGAAAAGGAUCUAGAGUUUCAACUGAAAAGAUACGACUAUUUUGGUUUUGGUUUAUCAAAUGCAGUUCACCAUGCUGAUGUCGUAGCUCUGACUAAGCUAUCCUGUCUAGUUCUUCCCCUUGAGCACUCGGCACUGUUGCAACCAAAGUCUAUAUGGAGUGCCGAAAAAUCUAUUGACACAUGCUCACCUGUAGAGCAUAUAUUGCAUUUGGAACCAAUAGAGGUAGAUAUUUUUCAAGGAAUAACCCCUCCAGAUGCUCCAAAAUUUGGGAAGGUGUUUGGAGGACAGUUAGUUGGACAGGCAUUGGCUGCGGCAUCAAAGUCUGUUGAUUGUCAAAAAGUUGUCCAUAGCUUGCAUGUGUAUUUCCUUCUCGCAGGGGAUUUUAACAUACCAAUUCUAUAUAAAGUUAAGCGUCUGCGUGAUGGGAAGAGUUUUGCCACGAGGAAAGUGGAUGCAAUUCAAAAGGGAAACAUCAUAUUCACUUUGCUCGCUUCAUUCCAGAAAGAAGAAUUAGGGUUUCAACACCAGGAAGUGUCUAUGCCAUCUGUCCCUACCCCAGAUGAGCUUGUAUCAAUGGAAGAGUUACGAGAGCAACGUCUUACUGACCCUCGUCUUCCAAGAACUUACCGGGCCAAAGUUGCUGCAGCUGAGUUCAUUCCCUGGCCCAUAGAGAUACGCUUCUGUGAACCUAGACCUGCAACAAAUCAGACCAAGUCUCCUCCUAGUUUGAGGUACUGGUUUAGAGCAAAGGGAAAAUUGUCAGAUGAUCCGGCCUUGCAUAGGUGUGUGGCAGCAUUUGCUUCUGAUCUAAUAUUUCUUCAAAUAAGUGUGAAUCCCCAUCGUCGGGUGGGCUUAAAGACGCGUGCAGUGAGUUUAGACCACUCCAUGUGGUUUCACAGACCUUAUAGAGCUGAUGACUGGAUACUAUUUGUGAUCUUUAGUCCUACUGCCUUUAAUGCACGCGGCUAUGUUACAGGCCGAAUGUUCAAUCAGAAGGGAGAGCUUCUUGUUUCAUUGGUUCAAGAAGGCCUCGCGAGGAAGGAGAUUCCCAAAAGAUCAGCUACCAACUCUAAGUUGUGAAAUUAUGUCAAAAAAUAUAGACUCUUAAGUUUUGAUCAACUGAAAAUUUCACAUGACAUGUGAUUUUCUUUAUAGUUAUCUUUUCAUGCAGGUCUUAUAUAAAAAGUUUGAUUACCAAUUCAAUCAUGGGUUAUACAAAUUUGCCAAACAAAACCCGUACGUAUAAGUUUCUUUUUUGACCAAUAUAUAUUGUAUUUGUAUAAGUUAAAACAAAACUAAUUGAAUGAAGUGUGAUUAUUGUAAA